GGCGUUUGCGCUCUGUUUGGUUAGACUAUUCACAUCGUGUUCCUGUCGCCUCAGUCCUCCAUUUGAAUUUCACUCAUCAACAAUGGCCAAUAUGGCAGAUUUUCAGAUUGACAAAUGGGUCCCAGAGACAGACGGUCAGCUCAAUGAAUCGAAUAUGAUAGCCAAGCUCAAAUCUCAGGGCUAUCGCAAGGAUGCUGUUUACACCUUCCCUGCUGGUACAAGUUUUCCUGAUCACAGUCAUUCUGUGGACAAAAAGGAUGUCGUUGUCUCUGGAAACUUAUCAUUUACUAUGCUUGGCAAAGAAGUGAUUUUGGGUCCAGGCGAUAUGUUAUACGUACCGAAAGGUGUUAAGCACUCGGCCUGCGUUCUUGACCAGGAUGUCCGUUUUAUUGAUUGCAGUAAAGCCUGA